UGAGAUGGGGACUGAGAACAAGGUGAUUCCAAAGGAAGAAAUUUCUGAAGAAUAUGAGCCACAUGGGGCAAUAUUAGAAAAAUUUCCAAAGGUGGUUUACCAGGGUCGUAAGUUUGGAGCAGCAUGUGAAGAACACAUGUUGGAGGGACAUUUCAAAGAGUCCACAGAAGAAAUUGUAGAGCAGAUAUCUCUUCAGGAGAGAGAUUUUGCAUCAGAGUCAAUUAUCUUUAAGAGAUCACCCUCAAGUGAGGAAGACCAGGAGUAUAAUGAGAGUGGGAGAGCCUACAGUCCCAGCCCAAAUCUGGUUACAUAUCAGGGAGAAACAGCAGUAGAGGGAGUUAGUACAUUUGCUACCUCUGGUCAAAAUUUCAUAGAGAAUUCCGAACCUAACAAAACACUGAGGAAUCCUGUGGGAGAAAAGCCUCAUACAUGCAAAGAAUGUGGGAAAGCCUUUAAUCAGAACUCCCAUCUUAUCCAGCAUAUGAGAGUUCACAGUGGAGAGAAACCCUUUGAAUGCAAAGAAUGUGGAAAGACAUUUGGAACUAACUCAAGCCUUCGAAGGCACUUGAGAAUUCAUGCUGGAGAAAAACCCUUUGCUUGUAAUGAAUGUGGAAAGGCCUUCAUUCAGAGUUCACAUCUUAUCCAUCAUCACAGAAUUCAUACUGGCGAGAGACCAUAUAAAUGUGAAGAAUGUGGUAAAGCCUUCAGUCAGAAUUCAGCCCUUAUUCUACAUCAGCGAAUCCACACUGGAGAGAAACCAUACGAAUGUAAUGAGUGUGGGAAGACCUUUAGGGUUAGCUCACAGCUUAUUCAGCAUCAGAGAAUUCAUACUGAAGAAAGAUAUCAUGAAUGUAAUGAGUGUGGCAAAGCUUUUAAGCAUAGUUCAGGUCUUAUUAGACACCAGAAGAUUCAUACUGGGGAGAAACCAUAUCUAUGUAACGAAUGUGGGAAAGGCUUUGGUCAGAGUUCUGAACUUAUCCGGCAUCAAAGAAUUCAUACAGGGGAUAAACCCUAUGAAUGUAAUGAAUGUGGGAAAACUUUUGGUCAGAACUCAGAAAUUAUUAGACAUAUUAGAAUUCAUACUGGUGAGAAACCCUAUGUAUGUAAGGAAUGUGGGAAAGCCUUCAGGGGCAACUCAGAACUUCUGAGACAUGAACGAAUUCACACGGGAGAGAAACCUUAUGAAUGCUUUGAAUGUGGAAAGGCUUUCAGACGGACCUCUCACCUUAUUGUCCAUCAGAGAAUUCAUACUGGAGAGAAACCCCAUCAGUGUAAUGAAUGUGCCAGAACCUUUUGGGAUAACUCUGAGCUGCUGCUCCAUCAGAAAAUCCAUGUUGGAGAGAAACCUUAUGAGUGUAAUGAGUGUGAGAAAACAUUCAGCCAGCAUUCCCAACUUAUCAUACACCAGAGAGUUCACACCGGAGAGAAGCCUUAUGAAUGCCAGGAGUGUCAGAAGACAUUUGGUCGAAGCUCUCACCUUCUCAGACAUCAAAGUGUUCACUGCAUGGAAUGAUCUGGAAAAUAGGGAAGCUUUCUGUAGAAAAGCUUCACAUUUAGUACUUUGUUCACAGUCUGCACCCCAGGUUCUCAGAACAAAUGACUGGACAGACUCUCCUCUGUCCUUCCACUGAUUUAGAUCUAAAUAGCUGGUCAAAAAGGAUGAGACACUUUUACGAGCUAUUCAU